CGCAGUAGCGGACUGGGCGCGCGCGCCUUCCUCCGAGAGCUGCGCUGUGCGAGCUGCGAGUGCCGGGCGACUGCCCCUCUCCCUGCUGCCCCUCCGCGGACGCCGGCCCCUUGGCGCCUCCACCUUUUUUUCCUGCGGAGAGCUUGGGAUGUGAUAAUGCCAGCCAGACUUUUCCGAGCCCUCACCGGAUCUCACAGUGGAUUAUCAAAAGCACAUUCAUGCCAAAGAUUUGCUCAUCUAACUUUAAAACCACCUAAGGGGUUUGGAAAUCCCAAAUGCAACAGCACCCUGACGAUCCGCCAAAGCCUGGAUUCAUACUUCCCUGUCAAAGCAGCUGAUGGCUUGAGCAGGCCUCAGGUUCUAGAGAUGAACCAGAAGACCUCCCGCGCAAGCAGACUGCCUCCAUUAAACUCUUCCCACUUCCAGAGCAACAAGGUGCCCCCUCUGACCAUGCGAUCACUUGGUACUCAUGGGAAAGUGACCCACAAGCCAAAUCUUUUGGGUUCUAAGUGGUUUAUAAAAAUAUUAAGGAGGCAUUACUCAUCUGUAUCAACUGAAACAUUUAUUCCAAAACAAGACUUGCCCCAGAUCAAAAGACCCCUGAAAGCAUCCAGGACCAGGCAGCCAUCCAGGACCAACCUUCCAGUUCUGUCUGUGAAUGAGAACCUGAUGCACUGCACAGCAUUCGCCACGGCAGAUGAAUAUCAUUUGGAGAAUCUGUCUCAGGACCUGACCUCCUCCGGGUAUGUGGAAGUCACAAGCUUGCCUACAGAUGCAGCAAAUAUUUUGGUGAUGGGUGUGGAAAGUUCUGCAAAAGAAGGUGAUCCUGGAACCAUAUUCUUCUUCAGGGAAGGAGCUGCUGUGUUUUGGAAUGUGAAAGACAAAACUAUGAAGCAAGUGAUGCAGAUCCUAGAGAGACAUGAAGUUCAGCCGUAUGAAAUUGCCUUGGUGCACUGGGAAAACGAAGAGCUUAACUACAUGAAAAUAGAAGGACAGUCUAAACUUCACAGAGGAGAAAUCAAAUUGAAUUCAGAAUUAGAUAUUGAUGAUGCCAUUCUAGAGAAAUUUGCUUUCUCCAACGCUCUUUGCCUUUCUGUGAAACUAGCUAUUUGGGAAGCAACACUGGAUAAAUUUAUUGAGUCUAUUCAGUCAAUUCCAGAGGCUUUAAAAGCUGGGAAGAAAGUGAAAUUAUCUCAUAAAGAAGCUAUGCAGAAAAUGGGUGAACUCUUUGCCCUAAGACACCGUAUAAACUUGAGCUCAGACUUCUUGAUAACUCCUGAUUUCUACUGGGACCGAGAAAACCUGGAAGAACUUUAUGAUAAAACUUGUCAGUUCCUCAGCAUUACACGAAGAGUUAAGGUCAUGAAUGAAAAACUGCAGCACUGCAUGGAGCUGACAGAUCUGAUGCGCAAUCACCUGAAUGAGAAGAGAGCACUGCGGCUGGAGUGGAUGAUCGUGAUCCUCAUUACCAUAGAGGUAAUGUUUGAGCUGGGACGAGUAUUCUUCUAAUCACGUGAUAAUCAAGUGUUACUGCGCAAGAUGUUCAACUUCUACAAUCAAAACUAAAUGUUCAAGGGGGCCGGGGAUACAGCUCAGUGGUAUGAUGCCUGCCUGGCAAGCACAAGACCCCAAGUCAAAUUCUAGGUACCAAAGACCCAAACAGAAGAAAUUUAUACGGGCCAGGGAGAUAGCUCAGAAUAAGCAGUUGCCUCACAAGAGCAAGAUCCUGAGUUCAA